AUGCCUGGACCCACCGACCGCACAGUCAGUGCUGUGGUGGUCCUUUUUGUGGAAAGUGGGUGCCCGUUUUCCUAUGUGGAAGCUUCAGCCCAGGACGGACAGGCACCACCAAGUGAUGCUGGGAACCUGUGGAGCGUGGCUCUCUUGGACAUAUUCAGGUUAAUGCAUGAAAAUAAAGGAGACGCGCUCACUGAACCUAACUCCUGCUCGGUUGUGAGCGUGAUGAAAGACCAGAGUACCUUCAUCAGCACUGCUGACAUGAAGCUGGAUUCACAGCAGUGUAACUCCAUUCAGACUCUGAGCCAUGCUAUCAGAAAUAUGCAGACAGCCUCUUACAAAGGAAAUCUCAACGUUUUUGUUCUGUCAAUAAAAGUCCCUGCCAAUCUUCUUCUCCUGUCUGUGACCUUGCCUGGAAUACAGGUGGCUCUAAAGCUCUGCUGUUUGUGCAUACCAAGGAUACCACGAAAGCUAGAUCUGAAGGGUGUAAGUUACGAUAUCUUGUGUGAAGAAGGAUUAAUACUGCUCUUUCUGUCCAGGGCUUCUGCAGAGUUGACAUCUGCAGAGCAUAAUAUCAGUAAACUGUUCUGGGAAGGACCCCCCCAGCGAACCGUGUCCCCCAAACAAGACCGUGAAGAAAGGAAGCGCGACAAGGUCUUGGACAAGGGCAGUGAAAGUGGGACUUCCUGUAACGAGUUGUCUACCUCGAGCUGUGACAGCCACUCGGAAGCGAGCACCCCUCAAGAAAAUGCCACCAGCACUCAGCCAUCCACCGCCCACCAGCCAAACACUCUGACUUUGGAUCGUCCGUCUAAGAAGGCCCCAGUGCAGUGGAUGCCGCCACCAGACAAACGCAGGAACAGUGAACUCUUUCAAACUCUCAUUAGCAAGUCUAGAGAAACAAAUCUUUCCAAAAAGAAGGUAUGUGAGAAGCUGAGUGUUGAGGAAGAAAUGAGAAAAUGUAUCCAAGAUUUUAAAAAAAUCCACAUUCCAGAUUAUUUCCCAGAACGCAAACGUCCCUGGCAGUCUGAACUCUUACAGAAAUAUGGGUUAUAGUAAUCAACUCUUUCAUGACGUAUCUCUGGGGCAUUUGAUGUUUAUUAAGUUGCCACUAACUGAUGUCCUCCUUCUGGCCAACUCUGCC